AUGGAUCGUGAUCAAUCUCUUAAACUUUUUAGCAAACAUGCCUUCAGAAGAGAUUCUCCUUUAGAAGAGUAUAUCAACCAAUCCAACAGGGCGAUAGACAUUGCUGGAGGUCUUCCCCUAGCUCUUGAGGUCAUAGGUUCACUUUUAUCCAGCACAAAUAAGGAAAUGUGGGAUGCUGAAUUGAAGAUGCUUGAAAGUGUUCCUCAAGAUAAAGUCGGUAGUAAGCUGAAAAUAAGUUAUAAUGCACUAAAUUAUCGGCAAAAGCAUAUAUUCCUCGAUAUAGCUUGUCUUUUCAUUGGAUAUGACAAAGACAUUAUGGUUCAUUUUUGGGAUGCAUUUGAACUUUUUUCGGAAGUAGCCUUGGAAGGUUUGCAGAACAUGUCUUUGAUAAAGAUUGAAAAGGACAAUAAAGUAUGGAUGCAUGACCAACUCAGAAACCUCGGAAGAGAUAUUGUUCGUGAAGAAAGUAUGAUGAAAAUAGAGAAGACAAGUAGGGUGUGGAAUCCUAAGGAAGCAUUGAAUUUGCUGAGGACACAUAAGGGAGAAAAAGAAGUUGAAGCUCUUCGUCUCGAGUUUGACAAUCAGCACCAUUUUAUCUAUAAGGACUUUAAGAGCCUAUCAAACCUAAAGUUCCUUGAAGUUGACGGUAUGAAGGAAAAUUUUCGUGCAGAAAAGACGCUUCUUUGGCACACAUGGCUAUCAAAUCUUCUUCCAACUAAUGUUUCCCAGAAGAAUUCAAGUCUCCUUCCCCAAUUACGGGGGCUUUCUUGGCAUGAUAUUCCCCCAAAAUUUAAGAUUACAAAUUUCUUCAUGGAACAUGUGGUUAUUCUUGAUCUGUCUCAGAGUAAAAUUACGCAUGAUUGGAAGGGGUGGAACCAUAUGAAGGUGAUGAAGAGUUUGAAAGUUCUGGAUCUGUCCAAUUGCGAUUGCUUGAAGAGAACUCCUAUGUUCUUUGCUCAUUCAAAUUUGGAGCGUUUGAGUCUACGUGGCUGUGAAUCAUUAACUGAAAUUGAUAGGUCAAUUUGUCAUUUGAAAAGCUUAGUUUCCUUAGAUGCAAGCAAAUGUGAGAAUCUUUGGAGGCUGCCAGACGAGUUGGGUAGAGAUCUUGCAAGCCUUAAAUACCUAUCUCUGAAAUGGUGCAAAUCGUUGGAGAGGCUUCCGAAUUCAAUUGGAAAACUGAAAUCGCUGAUUGAGUUGGAUAUAACUUGCACAGCAAUCAAAGAACUACCUGAUUCCAUCGGAGAUUUGAAAAAGUUGAAAGUUGUGAAGAUGUGGCAUAGUAGCAUAAGCAAAAUACCCGAUCCCUUAUGGACGAUUGAGAAGCUCGAAGAAAUAGAAGCCUUCAAAUUAUAUGGUAAUUUCCAUAUGGAAAUUGGCAAGUGCAUCUACAAUAAUAAAUCCUUGAGGAUCUUGAGAGUGAAGCGGGCCAAUGUAUACACACUACCGAGGCUUCCUGAAAGUCUUAUCAAACUACAACUGUCUAUGUUGUACAUGGACAUGUUUCCAGAUCUGUCAAACCUCAUUAAUUUAAAAAAAUUGAAUCUGGAAUUUGGCCGACCUGAUGAUGAUGGGCUUGUGGAAGAUUCGAUGCCAUGGUGGAUUGGGAAUUUAAGCAAACUAGAGUCGUUGAAACUAGACUCUCAUUAUGUGACCACCGUAACCGAAAACCUUAGCCUCCUUCCUCAACUCAAGGCACUUCGCCUCCGGUGCCCUAAUGUGUGUUGCCUCCCGAGGCUUCCCUCAAGUUUAUCAUCCUUAUGUUUGGACUAUUGCAAGUCACUUUGCUCAAUGGAUCUAUCGAAUUUGAAGAAAUUAUCAUCUCUUGAGAUUUCGGACGCUCAAAUUGCAGAGAUUCAAGGCCUUGUUUGUUUGGAGAACCUACAAGAUUUGGGGCUUCAUAGCCUUAAACAGGUGGAGAUACUACCUGAUCUAAGCAAUUUAAACAAACUAAGACGUCUUGAAGUGGAAGAUUGUGAUAAUCUGGUUGAGAUUCAAGGUGCACUGCCACAAUCUUUGGAAAUAUUGGAGAUUUCUUCUUGUGAAUCUUUACAGAAGUUGCCUGAUCUGUCCAGCUUGAAAGAAUUGCGACACAUCGACAUAGAAGGUUGCAAAAAAUUAAAUGUGGAGGCAAUUCUUGGCUCCGCUCGGAGAAGUCAGGUGAAUUUGUGGGAGAACCUACGAUAUUUGCGAAUUUGUGGCCUUGGACAGAUGGAUUUACUGCCUGAUCUAAGUAAUUUAAACAAACUAAGACGUCUUCAAAUAGAAAACUGUGGUAAUCUGGUUGAGAUUCAAGGCAAACUCCCACAAUCUUUGGAAGAGUUGAAUAUUUAUUCUUGUGAAUCUUUACAAAAGUGGCCUGAUCUGUCAAGCGUGAAGUUGAAGAGACUGCAAAUGGGUAGAGAAUAUUGUCUAGAGAGAUUUGUGCUGCGGGCAAUUUGUUGA